GGGGGAAUCCGCUGCUUGGCUUCCUGUCUCCUCCCUCUCCCCACCGUCCUACGUCGCUCCACAUCCGCCCUAUCCGCCACCAUGUCGAUGGUCUUUGACGAGUACGGCCGCCCCUUCAUCAUCCUGCGCGACCAGGAGCAGAAGCAGCGCAUCAAGGGCGUGGAGGCCAUCAAGAGCAACAUCCUGGCGGCGCGCACCGUGUCGAGCCUGCUGCGCACCUCGCUGGGCCCGCGCGGCAUGGACAAGAUGAUGGUGAGCCAGGACGGCGACGUGACCAUCUCGAACGACGGUGCCACCAUCCUGGAGCAGAUGCAGGUGGAGCACCGCGUGGCGCACCUGCUCGUGGAGCUCAGCAAGUCGCAGGACGACGAGAUCGGCGACGGCACCACGGGCGUCGUCGUGCUGGCCGGCGCGCUGCUGGAGCAGGCCGAGAAGCUGCUGAGCAACGGCCUGCACCCGAUGCGCAUCGCUGACGGCUUCGAGGAGGCCUGCGAGAUCGCCUGCAAGCACCUGGAGGCCAUUGGUGACGUGAUCCAGUUCUCGGAGGAGGACGCCACGCCCCUCGUGGAGACGGCCAUGACCACGCUGUCGUCCAAGAUCGUCAACAAGUACAAGCGCCAGAUGGCGCAGAUCGCCGUGGACGCCGUCAUGAAGGUGGCCAACUUCGAGACGCGCGACGUCAACUUUGAUCUCAUCAAGAUGGAAGGCAAGCCCGGCGGCACCCUGGGCGAGACGGCGCUCAUCAACGGCAUUGUCAUCGACAAGGACUUCUCGCACCCGCAGAUGCCCAAGGAGGUCAAGGACGCCAAGAUGUGCAUCUUGACGUGCCCCUUCGAGCCCCCCAAGCCCAAGACCAAGCACAAGUUGGACAUUACCAGCGUCGAGGCCUACGAGAAGCUCUACAAGCAGGAGCAGGAGUACUUUACGACCAUGAUAAAGCAGGUGAAGGACAGCGGCGCCAACCUCGUCAUUUGCCAGUGGGGAUUCGACGACGAGGCCAACCACUUGCUGCUGCAGAACCAGCUGCCCGCUGUGCGCUGGGUCGGCGGCGUCGAGCUGGAGCUCAUUGCUAUUGCCACCGGUGGACGCAUCGUCCCGCGCUUCUCGGAGCUUACGCCCGAGAAGCUGGGCCGUGCUGGCACUGUGCGUGAGGUGGCCUUCGGUACCACGAAGGAGCGCAUGCUGGUGAUUGAGGACUGCGCGAGCUCGGACGCCAUCACGGUGCUGGUGCGCGGUGGUAACAAGAUGAUUGUAGAGGAGGCCAAGCGAUCGCUGCACGACGCCAUGUGCGUGACCCGCAACCUGAUCAAGAACAACCGCAUCGUGUACGGAGGUGGCGCCGCCGAGAUUGCCUGCGGCAUCGCUGUGCGGGAGCACGCCGACAACACGAAGGGCAUCGAGCAGUACGCUAUCCGUGCCUUUGCCGACGCUCUGGAGGACGUCCCGAUGGCUCUGGCUGAGAACAGCGGUCUGAGCCCCAUCGACUCGCUUUCCGCCGUGCGCGCACAGCAGAUCGCCGAGAAAAACCCGCGACUUGGCAUUGACUGCAACUCGUCCGGCACGAAUGACAUGAAGGAGCAGCAGGUGUUCGAGACGCUUAUCGGCAAGCAGCAGCAGCUGCAGCUCGCCACGCAGGUGGUGCGGAUGAUCCUCAAGAUCGAUGAUGUCAUUAUUGAAGGCUCGUACGCGUAG